AUGAAAUUUGAGACAUCCCUCCCUCACGAGGAGCCACGACAAGCGCAGACGCAAGGAGACUCUGAUUGGACGUUGGAACUAUGGCUUAACACCAUAGACAACAUCAUCGCAGAAGAAGAAAGGCUACAGGAUAUGCUAGCCAAAGACAAGGAACGAUACAUAUCACAACUGCCCUCGACUAAGGGACUACUCACAGCAGCAUGCGAGUGCUGCAAACUUAAAGGGCAUAAAUGGAGUACAUGCCCCAAAAUUCCAACCCCCUCGGCCCGCAAGGCUUUCCUAUCAGAGUCAAACAGAUGCCUCAAUUGUGGAUCAAAUACUCACCGACUGGCAUCAUGCACCGCCGGAAGUUGCCGAAAAUGCCAGGGAAAACAUCAUACCGCAAUCUGUGCAAAAAACUCAGAGCCACCGACGAACCAGAAUUCCAGUCACGGCACUCUUCAGUCCACACAACAACACCUGUCCAGACCACCAUCAUCACACCUUCAAAAAGGUAAACCCGGAAAACCAGCGAAACAACACUCGGUCAUUACUGGAGCUGAUGCACCGAAACAAAAAGAAGACAACGAUACAGUUGUGUUGCAGGUGCAUGAGCGACCACAGAAAGUAUGCAACAAGGUCAUUCUUCUAGUAGGCUCGGCCAAAAUCCUGGAUUCGAGUGGCAUUGUCCGGGAGGCAACAGUCUUAUUAGACACAGGCUCAGAACUUUCGUUUAUCAAAGAAGACUUCGCGAAGGAACUAGGGUUACCAAUACUCAAAAGUACCACACUCAAAAUCAGCACGUUCGGUUCACAGGCACCUUCAGCGAAGAAUUGCGAUCUCAGUAAGCUGCAAAUUCGAGAUAUUGAAGGCCGUCAACACGAAAUUCGUCUCUUCCGCAGCGAACACAUAACGGAUACAGUAGAGCAAGCAACCCUUGACCAAGAAGAUUUGAACUUCAUCAAUCAGCACGGGAUCCUGUUAUCAUUACAGAAGAAAACAGCAAAACUUAGACCAGAGAUCUUAUUAGGAUGUGACUAUCUAUGGGAGUUUAUGAUGCCCAUAGGCAAACUCACUUUACCUUCCGGCCUUCAACUGAUACCAACACUAUUUGGCUACAUCAUCAGUGGCCGUCAACCACUGAAAGUAGAAACACCGGUCAAGGCGCUCACUAUCUUACACUCGGAGAAGGAAAAAGACAUAUGGGACCGCUACUGGGCUCUAGAAUCUUCAGGAACGGAUGAAUAUUCAGGUUCAACGUGUAAGGAACUUCGGCAAAUUAAUGAAAAGGUUCUUCGAGAUUUCCGCAACACUAUACAGAGACGCUAUGACGGCCUCUCACCUAACCAGCCCCGAAGACUACCUCCAACCACUAUCACGCUUUCAUCAUUGAGCGUACCUCCGACACCGUCUUUGAGCUCACUUUUCGUAUCAGAUGAAAGUCAUAUGGCUUUGGCACCACCCAGAUAUGCCCCACCAAUAAGAUGUGGUACCUGGGCAGAAGCUAAAAACAUGUCAUGUGAAAUAGUGGAGGACUGCAAAUGCACUCCCGCAGAAGUAAAAAUGUUAUGUGAUUGCAAAAAUUUGAACCUUACUGCUCAUAUGCUCAAUCCCGAACAUCAAUUACCCAUCAUACGACCAAAUGUGGAAUUUCGAAGGCAACGCGACCUAGUGGUGGCACGUAUACCGAAUUUACCUACGGCAGAGUUCAUCGUUAGGAUUAAGGACGAGCUUCAUACAACGACGGUAACAUCAGACGCCGUUUGUUCAGUAAAAAGCACAGAAUGCACAGGCUGCUAUAAUUGCGCAAAAGGAGCACUAGCUGAAAUUAUAUGUGCAUCUUCUACACCUGAAGAAAGAGCAGAAAUCCGAUGCGGAGACUACGGAUUCACGGUCCCCUGUUCAUCUCAAGGAACCAAAUCACAGCUUCGCUUCGCUCCUAAACGAGCACAGUUCCAUCUCAAUUGCACGGUACAAUGUGGAAGGAUCCAACAAGCGUUCGAGAUAGACGGUAUUCUUCGUUAUACCGGAGUCUUAAGUACGGCUCUAAGAAGAGUUCUUAGUGGAGAAAGCGAAGUUUUUUCGGAAAUUAACUUCCCAGAUAUCAGCCAUAUCCUAGAUGUGUUCCUCGGAUGGAGCGGAACACUGCUCAUCACAGCGCUCGUUGUGUAUUACGAGGAUAAUCAUUUGCAUGCCAGCGAGAUUAUUUCACCAUCUACACAGAGAAAACAUGGCGAAACCGGAAGGAAAACUAUACUAAAAUUGUCGUUAUACACGAGCACGAUCAUAUAUCGAUCAUCAUAUGGAACGAUUGCACUAACAAUCAGCUUCUUCGAAAAGGAUACUAUUCCAGUCGAGUACCGAGAAAAUGAAUGGAAGAUCUUUCAGAUGUCUUCUUCCGAUCAUCUCGAGAAUCGUCUACGAAAAGAACUGUACAGGAAAAUUUCCAUUGUAGAGAGCUCACACGCACGACCCUCAGAAGGACUGAUUCAAGAAAGGAUUCGCUACUAUGGAAACAAAUGCUACGAGGCGAACCAAAUGAUUCAACAGGCACGCUAUGAGUACGCCGCACUAAGAUCCGAUAAGGAACACCUUUUUAAUAGAAGAGGCGGAGCGUUUCACUACUUAGUGAAACUCAGACAGCUGGCAGCAUCACAUCGUCAGCAAAGAAAAGAGCUCGUCACCUUUACGGAACUGUUCGUUCUAUCGCACGAGUGGUAUGAAAUACUGGUAACCGCGGACGAAGUGGAAGAACUUUCCAGACUCGAAUUCCUUAGCAAACUGGGAGAAGAGGAGUACGUGGAGCCAACAGAACCUGGAGACCGAAACUACCCGGAACCAGUUAAAAUGCACCGAAGCUACUAUCAAAAGGACGUGACCACAAUGAUCAGGCACCAACUCAUCAAAUUCGACGCCCUACUCGAAGAAGAAAAGGAGGCGUGUGAAUUCGCGGAGGCAGAGACUAGGAGAAAUACCACACUGGAAGACGAGGCGUUGCGUCAAAUGCGUGAAUCAUUCGAUGAUUUGCAAGAUGAGAUACGCCGACAAAAGGAAGACAACACGGAAUGGAUUGAGACUGUAAGGGAUAGCUACUAUUCGUUCAUGGAACAAAACAAAAGAAAUGUGGAGAAUUCGAAAGCAAUGGCAGCGGAACUUAAAAGAGUAGAGGCAAACCAGAGGGAGAUUAUAACUCAAAUGACGAGAUACAUGAACGAAUGCCAGCACCUUGCCGCAAAGAUCGAAGAAAAUUUGAUGGAAUCACGUAGUCGGGAAGAAGAAAAACAAAUGGAGCACGAUUGCACUAGUCCCGGCUGUUCAAGAACGGGAUACAAAAGGAAACACUAUGGAGUACACAUCCCUACCGCGGACAAGGAGAAAUAUGAAACGAUCUUGAAGCAAAGCUUGCAAGAAUUGCAAGAGAUCGAUGACUUCCUCAGCUACAAUGUCAUCAAAGAAAGACGUUAUGGCGAUAGAGUCAUGAAAGAGACUGAGGAAGGGAUGGCAUGUGUAUACUGUAAAACGAAGGGCAGGCAUUACUCAGAUGCUUGCCCGGAAGUACGACUCGUAUCCAAACGACUGGAAAUAUUGAACUCGGAAAAAAGAUGUAAGGAGUGUCUCGGGUACCACUAUCGUAAGGAAUGCACUAAAAAAUUGCCUUGUUUUUAUUGUAAGGCUGGAACUCUUCAGAGACGCGAGCACAAGCACGACAAGAAACUACAAGGACCAGCCGACCUCAGCGUUACCGAAGGAGUUAUGAAGCACCUUAAUUUGGGGCCGGAGUAUACUGAAAACUUCAGUAUUUCAGUAUUAUUAUUAUUUGUUGGAUACUUUGCUCUGUUCUCUGAUGUUAAUGGAACUUUCUCAGCAUAA